AUGGUGUACAAUAUCACCCUCCCCGGCUGGGUCGAUGAGCCCGAUGGACGGGGGACCUGGGAUAUCCUGUCCACCUGCGUUCUGACUAUAUUCUUGUGUUGCUGGACAUCAGUCUCUCCUAAUGUACCGGCAAGCUCCGAUGGAGCGCUCAAGCAAUUCAAGAGAAAAUUUGACCUCGCGUGUAUGACGAUUCUGGGGUCGGAAUUUAUAUUGAUGCUGGCGCUGGGGCAGUGGUCGUCGGCGCGCCGCUCUGUCAAGGUGCGUGGAGUAAUUCAGUCAUGCUGA